GGCCCGAAGCCCAAGUCAGGUUGGGAGAAAUUGUCAGAGCUAUCGGCGUCAUUCCACUACGAUCAGUCGUGCGGACAACACCUUUGCACAAGAUACUCCUGUAUCAUUAUUGUGACAAUUUUCUCAGACACUAUCAUCAGUGCAUUUUACCAAUUGAAAUAUAUUGUGCUCCGAUAUUAUUGAACGUUCAAGUGAUAUUUGUGGAGUAAUAACGUUUGCUGACGAAUUCUUUCAUAGACAGCAGUUUUUCAUUCUCUGUGAUUCAUGUGGAACUUUGAUUUUUUUCCGAGUCAUUCUGUGAUCUAAGGGGGGAAUUUAAAUGUGAUUACUUGAGUGGUACUUCGCAGUGAAUUGGCGUAGUGAUUGAUUUUUCUGGAGAUUUUUAAAUCCAACGUCACGAACUUGAAGUGACGUGAACGUAUGGAUUAAUUGACCCCUUGAUGACUUAGACCGGCAUGGAUUCGUCGGAGAAAGUGGACAUCGAGAAUAUUACGGAUCAACGGCACAACAGUGAGACGCAGACCGAUGCCGCAUCAACUUCAUCGGUUGAACAAUCGGACGGAAGAUACCUCUGUCCCGCCUGCUCUAUCGUGUUAACAUCAUCCCAUGACCUGGCACAUCACUUGCGAGGUCACAUAUCACCUCGGAGUACCGACUGCAGUGGCGAGGAGGACUAUUCCUGCGGUAUAUGCCACAAAAUAUUCAGUUCUACGAGUUCCCUAGAUCGUCACGUACUGGUGCAUACCGGUGAACGGCCAUUUAUUUGUAAAUAUUGUGACACGACAUUUGCAACUAAUAGCAAUAUGAACCGACAUGUGAGAACAGUCCAUCGUGAAAGAUCCCCCCGUAGUUACACAGAUUCUGACGAUACCAGCGAUUCUGAUAGGCCAGGAACUGAACAACACGUAGAUGAGUAUAAUAAUAACGAAAUAGCUAAACGUACUUCACCGGACAUCGAAGAUCGACCAUUACAUAGAAUAAAGAGGCCGAGACUUGACAGCAUCGAAACCAUCGUAGACCACCCCAAGUUCAAGAUCCUGCUUGGUGGCACCAAUGCGCCUAAUAAGAGAGUUGAACCUAAUUUCUUAUGCCCGAUGUGUCCACACAGGGAUUUCACUUCGGAAACUCUAAUGGAAUCUCAUCUACAGAAAGAGCAUCCAGGGUACGAAGUCGACUGUGAUAUGUGUAACAACUCUUUCAAGAGCGAUCGAAUUCUCGCUUUCCACAAACUCAUACAUCAUUUCGAAAACUGUAAUGGACCCUCACGGCAUAGAACUUCAGUAGUAGGAUUUGGAGAUUUAACAUUUGUUGACUUUUCAGCUACUAAAUUUCCGACAAUAGCGAGGGCUGUUUGUGAGCAAUCUCUUCAUCGUCCAGCAUCCGGAGAGAGUGCCACAUUCCAAUGCUCAAAAUGCUUGCGUGCUUUUCCCUGUAAAUCUGCCCUCGAGGCACACGAAUUAGACUGCGGUACAAUCCCUCAUCAGCCGACUCCACUUUCCGAUGAUCAAUCAAAAAGGAAUGACUUUUUUGCUGGACUGGAUCUUCAGAAUAAAGCAGCUAUGACUGAGGCGAAAGAAGGGAAGGAUCUUGCUGAUAUUCAAAGUAUCAUAUCCGUGACAUCUGGCCCAAUAUUUCCACGAUCUGAUGCCAGCACUCCCGAUCAGCACAUCAAGAUAAAUCCAAAUGUCAAUUCUUCGGGAUCAUCAGGGACAGCUUCGUCCGAAAAUAAUGAAGAAGAAGCUCAAGAUGCAUUUUCCGCUGAAUUGAGGAAAAUGAAGCUCAAGGGUGAAUUCCCAUGUCGAUUGUGCAGCGCCAUAUUUCCAAAUCUGAGAGCUCUGAAAGGCCAUCACAAAGAGCACAUGGGUGUUGGCCCCGGAAUGCCAUAUCCCUGCAACGUAUGUCCCUUCACAUCAACGGACAAAGCAGCCCUGAGUCGUCAUCUCAAGUCCCAUAAUGGGGUUCGUCCUUAUCAAUGUUCUCUCUGUAAAUAUGCCUUCACGACUAAAGCAAAUUGCGAGAGACACGUGAAGAACGGUCACAAAAUCAUGACCAGAGAGGAGAUAAAGAGUGUUCUCAUCUACCACGCGAAUGAGGAUGCAGUGAACGAAGGUCUGGAGAGAACAUCACCAAGAGCCAUCCGAGAUGAUGCUCGCAAAUCUCUAGUCUACCCUGAUCGAGAUGAGCAUCACAAUCAGGGACACUAUUCCCUUAACUCCAGACAAACCGACCUGAUCGCCGAGGAGGUGAGAUUGCGACAAUUGACAUCGAUGCGUACCACACCAGUCAACCACUACGAGAAGUCUGAUAUUUUUCCAAGACCCCCACCAAUGCAUCUUCUUAACAUGUCCCAUCGGGUUUCCGAGGACUCGGAGACUCCCCAGGAUUUUACAAAAUCAAACUACUCGAGAAUGCAGGAGGAGGAGUCGAGAUCAUCUGAUGACAGCGCAUCACUAGCCAACGAUGUCAAAUCCGAUGCACACCAAAGAGCCCAAGCUAGUCCAAUUGACUUGAAAAAUAUUUCAACAAAUGACGAUGCACCAUUGGAUCUGUCAAUGGACGUUCUCGACCUGAGUAAAAAAUCAAAGGACAAUAGAGCUGAUUCAGCGAGGACUGAGAGCGUCGACAACAACCAAAGCGAAAUGUACGAUUCAGCGACAAAUCAACUCCUCCUGACCCAGGCCCUUCUGAAAGCCAGUCAAUCAGAAAAUUCCCCGCAUUCUGUGGAGGCACUUUACGCAAAUGCUCACUUGAUAUUCGGAAAUUACGGUCCAUUCCCGAGUAGUGGAGUUCCGAGCGGCAUUCUGCCACCAUAUUUAUUCAAUCCGCAUCUCUUUGGACAAGAUUUCGCCCUAAGGGAUCGACUCCAGAAAGAACUUGUACGCGGUCUGCAGUUGACAGGUGGAGGACCACUGGCAGAGUCAACAGUAAACACCACUAAUUUUCCAGCUGCUUACUCUCAUGGUCACGACUUGACCUCUAGAACCCAUGAGGAACAGAGUGACUACUCCACGAUGAUGACAUCUAAAGUAGCCAACAAGAAUGCAAAUCCCCGAGAGAAGAUGGAUACAAGUCCAACAUCGAGUUCUGUCAAGAUGGUGAUAAAGAAUGGCGUCCUGAUGCCCAAGCAAAAGCAGAGAAGAUACAGAACUGAAAAGCCCUUCAGUUGUGAGCAUUGUUCUGCUAGAUUCACCCUCAGAAGCAACAUGGAGAGACACAUUAAGCAACAGCAUCCCCAGCAUUGGAGCCAAAGACCUCGUGGGGGGCAUUCAACCCGGGGGCGACCUCCAACAAAUUCAUCAUCUUUGCUACACAGCCUAAAUCCUUCAAGUCAGCCUCUCCAACGGACUUAUUCCAAUACUCUACCGAAAAUGGCACAGUCUGACUACGGAAAGCGCCUGAUUUCCGAUCAAGUAAAGUUUGCGAUUCUUGCUCAGCAGCUGAAAGGUAACAAGCACGAAGAUAACGACACUGACGAGGAGUUGAUAAUUGACGAGGGUAUUGAUAAAGGAUCGGAGAGCCAUGAAGAAGAGAGACCUGUGAGUUUGUUGAGAGGAAAGCUUGAGGAGAGUGUGCGAGCCUCGAAUAGGGAAAUUAUGGAGUCCCUGUUAACCACUGAAACCCCAAUGGAUCAAGAUCCAGUGGACAUGAAGAUAAAAUCGGAGCCAGAAGAUGUCAAAGAAUCGAAGCCUCAAUCUUCGGACAAUGAGGAAAUCCCUGAGAAAGUGGACAUCAAAGCAGAAGAUGGAAACGUUGAUCUCGCUAGUGUCUCAGAGCUACUGGACCAAGCAUCACAACAACAUGUGCAGUUCCAGCCCCAAUACAUGAGCGACGAGGAGGGCUUAGUGGCAUCGACCAGCGACUGUAACAAUUCCGGAAGUGACGAGAAAUCUGAUUCAGUGAAUUCCGGGAAUUCAGGCCAUUCGACAUCCUCAAAGUUGAAAAAACUGAGGAGAAAGAAGAAAAAGAAGACGAAGAAGUCAGCAUACUCUUUGGCACCAAACCGAGUUAUCUGUCCAUACUGUCAGCGUCCAUUCCCCUGGACCUCAUCCCUCCGAAGACACAUUCUCACCCAUACCGGUCAGAAGCCAUAUCAAUGUAUCCACUGCCAUCUUCUCUUCACAACCAAGUCCAACUGCGAUCGUCACCUCUUGAGAAAGCACAAGACGAAUCCCAACAAAAUAAGAAGAGUCCGAAAUUCAUCAUCUCCAGAGGCCCAAGAGGUGUCCACAAAUAACAACGGUACAUUCUCCAUGAGAAACGUGCCAGAGAGGCCCUACAAAUGCAGUCAAUGCCCGAGUUCGACUUUCUCAACCCUCGGCAAUCUCAAAAAGCACAGAUCAACCAAGCACUCAAACGAAGCCAAAUCCCGACCGGAGAGUCCCAUGAGUGAGGCACAUUCGGAGAGACAAAACAGUCCCGCACCAACGAGCAAACAGAAUGACCAAAGUGGUUACGAGAGCCAGUCCUCAAGUGUGUCCGAGAACCCUGAACAGCCAGUUGCACCAACUGAAGUCUCAAAAUCAUCUGUCAACACUUCUCCAUCACCCGCUGAAACCCCAAAAUCACGAAGACCAUCGCCACGUGCUUCACCUGGACCAACAGACGCCCCCUUCAAGUGCCACCUUUGCGACAGUGGAUUUGCCGGACGCCAAGACUGCUUGGACCACAUCAGAGAAAAUCAUAAACGCUCCUUCGAGAUGCUCGUGGCUAAGGGUGCCCUAGAAAUGGACCCUGAGAACCUCGAGGAACAGCAACCACCUCAAUCCCAAUCACACAACAGCGAUGGUGAGGAGAAACGCGGCCGAUUCCCGGAUUACAGCAACAGAAAAGUUGUCUGUGCGUUUUGCAUGCGGCGUUUCUGGUCAGCUGAGGAUCUUCGCCGUCAUAUGCGCACCCACACUGGUGAACGCCCCUUCUCCUGCGACAUUUGCUCCCGACGUUUUACCCUGAAGCACAGCAUGCUUCGUCACCGAAAGAAGCACGAGUCCGUGGAUUCCACGAUGUACGUGGGAACGAGUGGUGAUGAGGAACCAGCCUCCAAUCAGCCACCAACAAUAACCCCCAGAACCGAACAGACCCCCCUUAUUUCCGUAACCAGUGGAGAGUCCAGAAUGCGUGAGAGAGUCUCUCUACCUACGGUGGCAUCAAUCGCCACUGGCGAUGCAGCCCCCAAUAGCCUGAUGACCUUCAAUCCCUACGAGAAAUUAGCAACACUCACGAGUAAACUGAGUAAUACCCAGAAUUUCGCCAAUGAAUCAACGCCAGACAACGACAAUGAUUUGAUCUCCAAUCUACUUGGCAUCAGAGACAAGAGUAUCAUCGAUAAAGUAUUGCAGGCUUCGGCUGAUGAUGCAGCCAAACUUCUUGGAGUCAACAGAAAUCCCGAAUGAAAAAUAGCGGAUAACAAAUAGAUGUCAAUGGUAAGAAACAUAAGAUAAAAUGUUGUACAAAGAUUUUAAAAAUUACCCAAUAUUGUUAACUAUAACUCCCAGGUGAAAUCACGGUUUCCCAUCAUGUUCACGAUCGUGCCUUACAGAAUCUACUUAAUCCCUCGAGAUACACGAUUUUAUCAUGAUAAAAUCGACUCGUUGGAGCACCCUGGGCAUUGAAAUAUUGAUUAGAGAGGAAUAAUUAUGAUUAUAGUUGAAUUUCGACAGACGAAAUGCUUCAAAAGACGUGGCUGAUUUCUUCUCUUACGAAAUAAUACAGAACUUUAUUUUUAUCCAGUAAUUAUAAAAAAAGAGGAAUCUUGAGCCUUUUAAAUCCAACGCGUUAUUGCACUUUUUGUCGAUUUUCAUUUACAUUCAUUGAUUGUGCCUAUUUUAUCAGUCGCGUAUCAUUGACUAUUUUAUUUACCUUUUAGUAUGAGUAAAACCAUAGAUAAUAAGUUUGUACAUAAUUCAACUAUGUAGAAGUAACGAUUUAAAAAAUGGCAUAACUUGUCCACGGAAACGUCUAUAAGUCAAUGAUCUAACAGUGUCUAACAAGUGUAGAUUAAUUAGACUUUUACGAGUCUCAAUUAUAAUUAUUUUAGACAUUGAAUCAUGAAGUCAACACGUGACGAGAAUCAAUUAACUUGUGACUCAAUCGAUAUGAUUGAUUUUCGUCACAGGGGACACAAGAAUGCUGAUGUUGCUCUGGAGAAUCCAAAGAUGAUGAAGACAAUGAGAGAAUGUAUUAACAACGAAUAUAUAUGAAUUAUUAUAGCCAUGAAACUUCUAUUUUGUUCAAUACAGUAGUCCCAUCAUCAUUAGUGAAUAAGAUCUGCAAUUUAGGGUGCGUUUUUACGAUUAAGAACAAUAAAUUUGUGAAUAUAUUGUAAGAAAAUUCUCACGGUAAAUCUCCACAUUAAUUAAAGUGUUUCAAGCCCACCGUAAGAUAGGAAAUGUUGAAAAAUUAUUGGUGAAUAUAUUAGCAAAAUUUAUUGGUUAUAGGUUAGUUAAUCUAUGGAAAGUAUUGUUUUGAUUGGUGGUAAAAAAACAAAAAUUUGUAUCAACCGUUUGAGUUAGUUUGGAUUUUGAAUGAGUGGCUAAAUUGUGGAGCAAUAAAGAGUUAAACUAUUAAUAUUUCGAUUUAUAUUUUAUCGUGAAAAAUGGAUGGAUUCUUAAAAUUAUAUGUAAAUAGACGUACAUAAACGUAAGGGCAUUUUCCAUUGGAAGAUUGAUAUUCAAAUGCAAUUAUACCAAAUAAUGGGUCAAGUAUGCUGGGUCUUUGAUGAUUUACCUGAAGUUUAUAAAUAUUGUGCUCAGGUUCACCAAACAAAGUUAUUCCAGCUCCUGUCUCCCUUUUCAUUUUUCUCUCUACUCUAGUGUUAACUCUUUACUUUCAGACUCAUUGAUUUAUUUAUUCUUUUUUAUUCAAGCGUUCCCCAUUAUUAAUGAGAAAUGUGUAAUACAAAGAUGGCCAGCUUCGAAAGGAGAAAUGAAUUUUCCAGGAUAAAAUUGAUAAACUUGUACUUAUCCUGGAAAUUCACUCUCUGUAAUUUGUUUUUUUCCUGAUAGUAAUCAUAUCUUAUCACUAGAUAUGUGUAUAGGUAAACGAGAGAAUCUAUUUAUUAAAGAAAAAUUUAAGUAAGAAACGAUUGAAGCUACCUAACGAAUAAAAAUGUUUUUCAUUACUGGAAAAGAAAAAAAAAAUCAACUUUAGUGCUAUGAAAUAUUCAUCGUAACACGUACAUAAAUGAUUGCAUUGUAUUCUCGUUUGACUUUUAAUUGAUAAUA